AACAAGGGCGACGAUAUCCGAAGUCGAGAGGCGGAGCGCAUCGACAAAGAGGACGACGUUAACGCGCCCAACCCGUGGCUUCGUCGGCUCGGUUCCGCUCUUCACUUAAAGGCGUUCAGCAGGAGAAAGGAUUUCUUGAGGGACUUGAUCGCCAUGGAAUACGACGUCGACCCCGACGACCCAGACAAGUCCGACGACGCCUAACUGCGGUUCGUGCAUAUGGUAUUCGAUCGGCUGGUCGACCACGCCAAGGCCGUUAUCACCCCCAGCGUGGUCACUUGGAAUGCUCUGUUCGAAGUGAACCGUACCGAGCUGUCGAAAGAGAGGACGAAGCCGUUCUACUUCCGGUUUAAGCCCGAAACACAGAGGAGGUACGGACUCGUAGUUAAGUAGCUGCUCGCUUACUUCGUACGCUGCAUGUCUCUCGAUAACGAGGCGGAUCGACCACUAUUCAAGCUUAGUACGAGGCAGUAGACUGCGUAUAAUGC